AACUACGCGGCCAACAGGGAAGAGAUGCGAGCACACCUCGACACGAUCCGCAGCGGCGGGCGCGACACCGGCACCGCCGAACGGCGGCUCGCGCAGCUGCAGCAGGAGCGCGUGGCCAUCUUCACACACGCGUCGAACGUGCUGACGACCGUCUUCGUCCUCCUCAUCGGGGCUGCUGUCGUGAUCGCCCUCCACCGGUCGCCGCAGCCGGUGAUGCCGCCGCCCGCGGCCCCGCCUCAGCCGCCCACCGCCCGCUCGCUGCCCGAUGCUUGCAUCGCGGAAGACGAGCUGCGCGCCGCGGUCGCCCGCGCUGGCCGGGAGGCGGCGUGGCACGCAGCACAGAGGCCGAUUAGCGCAUGCCUCGCGGCCGCCGUGUCAGCCCGCGCGACAUGUCACGACGCGCGCGCGGUGAGAGCGGUCGCCCUCUGUACAUACGGUCCGGACGCGUCUGUACUGUUUCCCGACCAACACUGCAUGAUGACACUCUGCGCCCCGCGCGCAUGCGUGAUGGGAGAGGCGCGGCUUCGGCUAUGUCGCAGCUGUGUGUGUCCUGCUGUGUGGACACGAGAGCUGGUACAGCACGCUCUAUACGUACA